CAAAUACAGUACACACUGUAAAGGUGCGGUGAGUUAUAGUCGCUAAAGACCGGGGGGCUAAAGAGGGGCUGAUCUGAUAGUAUCUAUUCGUGAUAUAAAAAUUUUUUUAUAAUUCGAAAAAUAGUACUGUCAGUAUUCAAAAAUACAUAAUAUCUAUGUUAUCAAUAUUGUCAACUGUUAGCAGUAAGAUGACUCUUGCAACCAGUAUUUGUGUCAUGUGACUUCUGUUAUUGUGCUUGAUGGUGCCUGUACAUAUUUUUAAAAUUUAUGCCGCCGGUUCUAUGCAUCAAACAGUGUGUCAUUGUAACUUUAUUAAUUUUUUCACCUCGAUGGUUAAUUAGUCGGGUUUUUUAAUAAAAAUAGAAUCUAAAUUUAUAAAGGAACGAAUGACGAUUGACUGAUUGAAAACAAUAAUUUCAGCUGAGAAGUUAUAAAAAGUCGCAGAGCACUCGCUGAGGAUUAAAUAAGCUGGCGAAUAAAUACAAAUUGGCAUGGGCUUACUUCGAUUAUCGCUAAAAAGAUGCUUUCUGUAUGUUUUCUGCGCAACUGUUAUGAUUUUACUGGUGAUGAAUGUACGGCAAAAAGAACUGUGGCAUUCAAUUCGAGCCGAUGGACAAUCACAACCAAUUCGACCUCUUCCUGAAACAAAUAAGAUUAAGAUGAAACUUUCGUUGCCGUUGAAAACAAAGAAGCCGUUGACGGUGAUACCGCGCGUAAGGUCAAUCACACAGGACAAAUCAUUCAAUAAAAUAUUUGAGCUUUCAAAUGUAACGGGGACAACUAGUGCAUCGGAGCCUAUUUCCGAUUUCUCAGAUCCUUCGAAAAGGCCAUGGUACAUGAAAGGCGGUACAAAGCGACCGAUUCCUGCUGUUAAAUCUAAAAAAACUGGCCGAAGAAUAGCAAGGUUGUGGCCUGAUGAAAAUCCAAACGAUGACCGUAUUACUAACCAGCUAAUGUUUGUACCAUCAGACUAUGAUAAAAGUUCAGAACGUCCACCAAAGAAAAUAAUGAUUCCUCAUGGAAUGAACGAAGCUAAAGUAGGCAAUGAAUUAUUUCAAUGGUUAGGAUGCCCAGUUAGUAAUUGUGUUAUUACGCGUGAUAAUCCAGAUUCCGCAGAUUUAAUAUUGUUUAAAGACUAUGUGACUCAUAUAGGCCGCAGAUCUCCUAAUCAGCUCUGGAUGUUGUACUUUCUUGAAUGUCCUUAUCAUACCCAAACAGUUAAAAAUGCGAUAGUUAAUUUAACAGCAACAUACCGUAGAGAUAGUGAUAUCGUUGCGCCUUACGAACGAUGGCAGUAUUAUGAUCCAAGGACAACGCAAAUAUCACAAACAUUUAAUUAUGCUGCUAACAAAACGAAAAAAGUCGCUUGGUUUGUGUCUAAUUGUCAUGCUCGCAAUCAACGAAUGCAAUAUGCCAAAGAAUUAUCAAAAUAUAUUCAAGUUGAUAUUUAUGGAGCCUGCGGUACUUUAAGAUGCUCACGAUCACAAGCACAAACUUGUUUUGAAAUGCUAGAUCUUGAUUACAAGUUUUAUCUGGCCUUUGAAAAUUCUAAUUGUCGCGAUUAUAUUACAGAAAAAUUCUUCGUCAAUGGACUGGGGCACAAUGUUUUGCCAAUCGUGAUGGGUGCACACCCAACAGAUUACGCAAAAAGUGCUCCCUAUCGAUCUUACAUUCACGUUGAUGAAUUUGAAUCUCCGCGUGAAUUAGCUGAUUAUCUUCAUCGGCUUGACCGCGAUGAUGAAUUAUAUAAUUCCUACUUCAAAUGGAAAGGUACCGGUGAAUUUAUUAAUACAUAUUUUUGGUGUCGUGUUUGUGCGAUGGUUCACGACAAUAGGCAACCAAAGUUCUACAAGGAUGUUAAUGAAUGGUGGCGUGGUGAUGAUGUUUGCACGCUCAAUUCUUGGCGAGAAAACGAAAACCGAGAGUUACAAAAUAAUUUAGUCAUUAAGGAAGAUUAGAUAAUUGAUUUAAUUUUAUUUUUAUCAAAAAUUACGAGUAUCAAGAUAAAGUUUAUAUUUUUUAAGUGUUGAUAUUUUAUUUUCUUUAUUUAAUUAAUUACUUGGAUGUUAUUUAUUAUUGCGAUAUUCGCAAUAAAUAUAUUGCUUCCUAGGUGGGUAGAUUGGAGGAUCUACAAAAUAUAUUGUAAUAAUUUAAUUGAUAUUUUGUGGAAAUUUGAUCACUUCCAUUAAGUGAAGUAACCUCAUGUUUAGAGACGAAGAUUAUAUAUCAUUACAAUUAAUGAAGUUAAUUAUUGGAAUAUAGAGGAGAUAAGAUAUUAUUACUCUUUGUUUUAAAAUAUAGGACACUCUAAUUUAUUAAUAUUUAACUAUGAGAAGAAGAAUAAGAAGAAAGAGAGAUGAUUCUAUUAAAAUAAAAUGUUAUUUUAGUUGUUUCGUAACAAUUAUUGAUAUGUGUACGGAUAUAUGUCCUAGAAAGUUAAAUGAUCGAUAGGUAAUCUAUGUUUGUACUGAGUUUUUCAGUCUAUAGACUUUACAGACUUUAGAUUAAAUUUCACUGAUAUACGUUAUUAAAUAUAAUAUAAGAAGAAAUUAACAUAGAGUCAAAUAAUUAUUGAUUUUAUUUUUUGCAACAAUCAAUAAUUUAUUUAUAAUA